GUUUCGCCGGAUGUUGAUCGGUUUAUUUCGAUGGCCGUCCCCCGCGCCUUUCUCCCCGCGGAAAAAAAUCCGAUGGAGAUUACGAGUCGAAAUAAACGGGGCGCGCGGAUAAUAUUCACGGUUGCCCGCAGAGCCUGGUCGGCGCGUGCCAGUCGCAGAUCACGAGAGGCUCGGACGACGACGGCGGCAGCAGAGAUCUGAUAGAGGUGGAGAUGGCCGCCGUUUUGAGGAGGAAACUUCGUGUCGUGUCGGGCGCGCUCAACGGGAAGGCGCUCGUCGCCGCACGGUCUCUGGCAAAGUCAUCGGUCCGAGGGGACAUCAGCGAAGGAUGGAUCAGUAAACUCCUGGUGAGGAAGAUCGAGCCCACGAAAGAGUCGCACUCGCGGAUGCUCUCCGACAAAGAGGUCAUCUAUGCGCUGCACACUCAUAACAUUCGGCCGGACUCGAUCGACAAAUAUCUGACCAACUAUGAGGAAAAUGUCAACCUCAUACAUUCGAAAAAAUCUGACUUAAAUUGCGAGUUGGUCGGUUCGUGGACAGUCGAGGUUGGAGACUUGGAUCAAGCUUUACAUCUGUGGCAGUGUACAGGUGGCUAUGAAAGUAUAGACCAUGUGCAGAAUGUGCUUUCUCAGGAUGAGGCUUAUAAACGAUUGCUCAGGGAAAGGGGAAAUUACUUAAGGUCGCGUCACUUGCAAUAUCUAUUGGCGUUCAGUUAUUGGCCACCGCUGGUAAAGCGUCCAGCUUCGAACAAGUAUGAGAUACGCAGUUACAGCUUGAAACCGGGUACAAUGAUUGAAUGGGGAAACAACUGGGCCAAGGCCAUCAAUUACAGACGCAACAACGAUGAGCCUUUCGCUGGUUACUUUUCACAAAUUGGUAGACUAUACAAUGUUCACCACAUUUGGUGUUACAAGAAUCUUCAAUCGCGCAAAGAAACGCGCGAAAGCGCUUGGCGAUCACCUGGCUGGGACGAAUGUGUCGCUUAUACAGUACCUUUAAUAAGAGAAAUGCAUUGUCGCAUACUAAACCCGACCACGUUUUCACCCACGAAAUAAGAUUUUACGCAAGAUGCGAACGCGCAAAUGCAUUUGUAUAUUACUGAUCACAUUUCUUAUAUACAUAUAUCGAUUGUAAUAUUGUAAAAAAACAUUUGUUACAUGUAUACACUGUAGAUGUAAUAACUAUGUCAACUAUACGCGCAACAUGAGGAGAGCUACAAAUUUUUGUUGUAUUACAACUGGCAGAAGAUGUAGUUUGUUAUUAUUAGAACUUGUGUAUUGCAGCAAAAGCGUUUCUUUCAUAUAUAUAUAUAUAUAUAUAUAUAUAUACAAACACGCUCUAUGCAUAUACGUCAUAUUUUCGCAAUGUCAGUUUGAAGCACAUUUAUAUAUAUAUAUACACACACAUAUAUACGCGUGUAUAGAUGAAUAUAAACAAACGAUCUUUAUA